AUGGCAGCUUCCACUCGAAGUCUCCCCAAGACGUCGGUCUUGCGCGCCUCGAGGUUGACACAGGGUCUGAACUCUCGCCGACCCUUCCACGCAUACGAUCAUCCACCACCACCAGGACCGUUUGGCAAUGCAGAAAAGUCCAUUCUUGCUGCUGCCUAUAAACACGUCCCCGAGCUCGGAUUCUCUCAGAAGGCCCUUGGUCGCGGAGCAAGAGAUGCUGGUUACCUCGACAUCAGUGCCAGUGUCAUUCCCGACGGUGCCUUUGGCUUGAUCCGAUACCAUUUAACUACCCAGCGCGAAGCUCUGGCAGCUCGCAGCAAGGAAGCUCUCCCUGGUGCAGAUCAGCCCAGUGUUGCGGCGAGAGUGGAAGCUCUAACAUGGGAGCGACUUAUGGGUAACAAGGAGAUUCUGGGCCGCUGGCAAGAGGCGUUGGCCGUUAUGGCACAGCCCAGCUACGUCCCCGAGUCUCUAAAAGAGCUUGCCAAACUCUCCGAUGAAAUUUGGUUCCUUGCUGGCGACAAAGCCGUCGAUCCCUCAUGGUAUACCAAGCGCGCCACCCUAUCCAUGAUCUACAGCACAAGCGAGCUCUUCAUGACGAAUGAUCGAUCCCCCGAUUUUGUUGAGACAAGACGGUUCCUUCAGCGAAGACUAGGCGAAGUCAAGUCAGUCGGCGGCAUGGUUGGGUCGUUCGGUCAAUGGGCUGGAUACACGCUCAGCGCUGGUGUCAACAUAUUAAGGAGCAAGGGCGUCAGGAUCUAA